AUGCUGCUGAAUUGGUUGUCCAAAGACAUAUUAUCCGCUUGCCGCCCCAAUAUGAUUAUUGAUCCGAUACUCUGGUUACCCAUGACACACAGUGAGCGUAGUCGAACUAUUCGAUGGCGUCUUGGUUGGUUACCCGGAGGAAUACCUAAAGUCUGCCCAUAUCAUCCCCAUGUACACUUUAGUCGGUCACACGCCACUGAAUGCUUGCACAUGCGCACCGGUUUAAUCUUGCUACGAUCAAUUGCAGAUCCCCUUUCCUUUCUUUUAACUCAUCUCCCUCAGCAUAAGCUCCGAAAUUCUCAGGAUGUUUCUGCCUGGCUCUAUCGUUGGCCAGUUAUGUGCACCAUUCUACACGAAAUGGAUUACUUAAUGCACGACAAACUACCCCCUCCACUUUUUGAUCCAGGCAGGAAAUGACUCAACUGGUUGUCUCUUUAAACUUGUUAGCAAUAUUCUCCCUUCCUUUCUCACCUUCUCUUCUUCCUUUCUUUUACCUUUUUACCUCUUGUCCCGUAAGAGGGUUUUUAGAUACUUUUUUUUUUUUUACAUAAUUUGAACUGACUUGGGC